ACACAAUUACCUUUUAAACCGGAAGUUAUAAAGUUUGUCGGUCGUCGAUUAAAAAAAAAUGUUUACUUAUUUUAUUUAUUAAUUUUCUUUUGUUUGAAGCAAUAUGGGUACUGGAUGUAGCAGUGGAUAUGCCCUGGAUCCAGGCAUUGGGAGUAUCCCAAGCUUCAAGAUAGUACUAGUUGGUGAUGCUGAAAGUGGAAAGACAAGUGUUUUCAUGCGCUACUUCAAAAAUCAGUUUGAUUAUAGCUACCGGCCUACAACUACAGUCAAUAUAGAGAAUGUAGUGAAGAAGUUGAAUGUUCCAGAGCAUACUGUGGUUUCCAUGGCGAUGUGGGAUCUACCAGGCAGGGAAGAGAUGGACCUUCGUACAAGCUAUUACAAAGAUGUUGAUGCUGCUAUUGUUGUAGCUAAUAUCGCAGAUCAGGAAAGUGUGGAACUCGCUAGCACAUGGAAACAAGAUAUCCUGAACCAUGCUGUCGUCUCCAAGAAGAGGGUUGUCAGUACCGCUGAGGGGUCAAAGGUCGUGACUGACUAUGAGCCGGCCGAUCACACACAGAUUCCAGUUCUCUUGCUAGGAAACAAGUAUGAUUUGGUGGAAGAAAGACAUGCGCUGCAGGAAGAGAAUGGGAAUGAAGAAGAAGACAAACCAGUGCUGAUUGAAGAUAACAAGGAUGCAGAUACCCAUAGUCUAUCAAAGAAAGAUGAAGAUGAUGUCAUCAACACCAGGGAUGAAGACGGAGGAGGAGGAGAUAGGUCAAGCCCCGGUGCUGAGAAGAGGGAUUCAGAGUCUGAAAACCCUGGAAAAGAUGAAGAGGUGGAGGAUAGAGGAAAGGAGGAGAAGGAGAUGACGGUAUGGAAGUAUGAGGAACAACAAGAGGAGGAGGAGGUACCGGCUGAGAUCCAGUUCCUGGAGGACUUUGCAGAGAAACAUGGAUUUGUUGGCAGCGUUGCGGUCUCUGCAAAGAAUGCUGAUGGCAGCGUUCAUGCUGCUAUUCAGGCUCUUAUCAGACAUCUCAUCGAACGAAAGUUAAAGGACCGAACCCUGGACAGGAUGACAGAGGUCAAGGUCAAUAGGGUAAAGGUCAUAAAGGGCAAGAAGAAAAAGAAGAAAGACCCGAAAGCAUUUGAACCCCUGGAUAAAACUGGUAUCAAAGAGCUUGAUAGUCUAUUCAACAAAUGUAACCGCCAUAUGUCUCUGAUCCAUGAGACCAGACUAGUAUACAGACAGUCUGUACGUCUCUUCAAGAGCCAAUGUAUGGAAGCAGAGAUGGUUCCAGAAGGACCUAAGUGUUCUAUGGAAGACUGUGUGAGUGGCAUCAAGGCAUCCCUGGAGAAGGACAGUCUGGAGUUACUGGCUGAAGAUGAGAAUGGCUUUGUGACUCUCCUAGUGAAAGGACAGGAAAUGGAUGAAGAUGAGAAAUCUGAAGACAUGAGAGAUUUACUUCAAACAUUCCAAACAGAGGUUGCAGUAGCAAGCAGGACAAUACUUCAUGAGUGUCCUGGUGCCAUCGCUGCUCUUCAGAAGCUGGACGGCCAGAUUGAACAGGACUGUGAGGGCGCCAUCAAGAGGGCACAGCAGGAGAAUCCACUUACUACGCGAGAGCUGCGCAAUAUCCAGGACGCGGUCGACAUGAGUCGGGCUCGCAUUAAGCACUCGUCUGCGAUGGCGCACGAAUGCCUACAGGAUGUUGAGAGUUCGUAUAAGAAGAUCAAAGCUGCAAUGAUUUGGUAACAAAUUUAUGUGGUGUCUAGGAAAUUUGGGGAAUUUGGAAGGGUGUCAAAAAUCUGGCGAUGGCAUGAAGGGUUUCCGUAUUUUAGACUAAACUUUGAAAUCAGGUUGGUGCUUCACAUAGAUUUAAGUAUGACUUAAAUCAUGCUAAGGUGCCAAUGUGCAAGUAUUAUUAGUAUAGGUCCUCUGCGCAUGGUUUGGUUUGACCAAUACAGUUAUGCAAUACUACAAUACAUGCAACAGGGAGUUGAAGUGUGAUUUUUAGUCAGACUUGAAUCUUUGUGAAACACUACCAUAUACAAGCAGUUUGUAUUCAGGUCACCAAUAAAGAGUUUUGGUGUUUAAAAAAGCUCAUUAUAGGUUAUUACCAGGUGAGUGUUUCAUCAAGCUGUUUGUAAGUUACAGGUAUGAGCAACUUUACGAAUGACUGGUGAUCCUUUCUUAGGCUUCAAGUCAACAUCAAUGUCAAGGAAAAUUUGGUGUAGGCCUAUAUCGUUUACUAAAAAAAGAUCACCAGUCAUACAUGAAAUCAUUUUUAAGUUAUGAAACUCCCACCAGGUCUUCUGAUCAAUUUUGAUUGGCAUAUCUAGAUGUCAUAUAUAGUGCUAUUGAUUCAAGAGUGGAAAGUAUUCUCAACUAUGAAUAGCCAGCAGUGGCACAAUCCUUAAUCUGAAAAGCAUGUUCAGGUUACUCUGCCAAAGUCUAAGCAUUUUUCAGACCAGAUUAUUCAAAAUAUGUAUUAUAUGCCUCUUCUAAGUCAAAUUUCUUCUCUUUAGUUGAACAGAUUUUAAGUUAGGCAGAGUUACCUGUAUGUUGAUUCUAUUGUUGUUUUGGAUAUGAAGAAGAUCACAAGGAUUGAGAUCAAGUUGAGUUGCUGGCUUUCCAUAGUCUACAUUGCUUUGAAUCAAUCAUUUUUUUAUAUAUAUAAAACAGUGUCUAUGUACUGUAGGUUGGGAGGGGGUGGUUAAUCUAGCAUAAAAAUGAAAAUACACUCUUCAAGAUCAAAUAUCGUGCGGUGAAUCACAUCUUUGUCUCCACAACGCAGAACAUAAUUGUUUAUCAUCAGAAAACAGUGAUUACUUUGUGAAAUUCUUUAUAAACUUUUUCUGAUUGCACAUAUACUUUUUCAAGCAGAUUAGAGCUACUUGUACUACAGACACAUUAAAUGUUCUUAGCUUGGGUCUCUUUAGUAUUACGAACAAAAAUUAUGAGGAAGCAACAGAUCACAUGGUCAAUUAUCAGUAUUUGCAGCUGACUUUUCUAAGAUUGAAUAAAUUGCAUAUUUUGUGUGAUUCCCGUCCAUCAAUCAUCUUCAUGUCUUUCAUUGUAUGCAAACUUUUAUGAUACAUAGGAUUGAAUAUGUUAUAGCAAAUUUAUAUCAGCAACUCAUUAUUAAUCCAAUAACCUUAUGCAUUGAGAAUGAAACAAUUGAAAAAUAACUCAGAUGUUGAAAUGCAUCUUAUUUAAUAUUUCAUUUAAGUACAUUAAUUGGAAACAUAAACAUUUUAUGUUUUAUCCAAAUGUAGUUUGUAAAGACUGUUUUCUAUAAUUUUCUCGUUUG